AUGGCGAAAGACGAUGAAAAGUUCUUUGACAAAGAUGAAGUGGCCACGGUGUCUUCAAAUACUGGUCUAGUAUAUUAUGGUUUGGUUUCAACGACGAACAGAUCGCGAUCACUAACCGUGUUAAGAAAGACUUCAUAUACGAAUCGUAAUGAGAUCAAAGUGAUCUGGCAUCCGAAUGGUCCUGAAGAAAUUAUCUCCGAUGAUAAAGUUGUGUUAAUGGAUCGAUCAUUAAUGCCUGGCGAUGCAGUACGAAAAUUUAGUGAAGGCAAGCCAAGUCAAUUUGGAUAUUGUGAAAAUAUUGAUAUAAAUGCCACAGUAAAAAUACUUAACACCAACAAAAUAAUAGAAAAUAUCAAUUCCCGAAACUUUACUCACACAAAACCCUUUGCAAUCAAUUCCUCGGUUUUUUAUGAAUCAUGGGUUGGUGGAGUUGAUGAUGUCAAAAGUAAAGUUACAUUUGUUUCACAAGAUGGAUCUAUUUUUACAUUAGAGGAUCCAUAUAGAGGAGAAUUUAUAAAUCUAUCUACAAGUGAUGGCUUUCCCAUCGAUGACAAUGCAUUUCAUCAUGGGCAAAAAUUUAAAAUGUAUCUAAGUUACUUAAAAAAUGCAAAAUUUUUAACGAUCAGUAACCUAAUGAAAUGUUUAUUGCACGAUUAUAAGAAGAAUUUCAGCUAUAAAUUUGGGUCCAAGUUGGUCAAAGUUUAUGUUCAAGAUGUUAUUGUAUCAUCAGUUGAAGUUGAAUGGUACUGCCAAACAUUAGGUAGAACAAAACCGCGUGAAGAAUAUUGGCCAGAGAGAUUAUUUACUGGUGAUAAUUUGAAAAAACUUAAAACUAUUCAUCUAUUUGAGUCUUGUUCAACUCAUGUGGGAGACACACAUUGGUAUACAAUUAAAGAUACAGAUAAUUUGAUGACAAUGAAACAGUGGCGAUCUAAAUGUACAGAAGCUUUUAAUAUUGAAUCAGGUACAAUACACGGUAAACAUAAUAACGAUAAGAACCACAAUAAACUUUUAGGUACCAAUCAACCAUGAAAGAGUUUACAUCCUAUUGAGUUGGAUCCUAUAAAUAUAGAUAACUUAUUAUUAAGUACACAAAAUGGAUCUUGUAGAAACAUUUCAGCUGUCCUAACACAAAAAAAUGAAAGAAUAUUAAAUAAGGAAUGUAAAUUUACAUUACUAUCCAAAAAAUGUCGAUUUAAACCAUCUACAAGGACAACCGGCAAUAGUUGUGUACAUACAUUAAAAUCAAACAGACUAAAGAGGAACCGUUUGUGGAUAUCAUUAAUUAAAAAAAGUAAACAAUUCAAUAUACCUAAAGUAAAAACCAAACCAAAUUCCAAAGUUGUAGUUGAGAUUUGCUACACAAAAUCUAUGGUAGAUGUUAUAUGGCAGGAUGGUACUAAAGAAAUCGGAGUUUCUUCCACUGAUCUCUACCCAGUACAAACUCUUGAUGACCUUGAGUUUUUUCCUGGUGAUUUUGUUACUGCAAAAAAUCCUGCAACUUACGUUUAUGGUGUUGUAGAAUCUGUGGACCAUGCAGAACGCACUGCUCGUAUACAAUGGUUUAAAGUUUAUCCUGAUAAUCCAUUAUUGCCAAAUUCUAUUGAAAAGACUUAUUUUAGUGUAUAUGACUUACGUGCUCAUCCGGAUUUCCAUUUUAAAUCUGGUUGUCUCAUUAUGCAUAGAAAUCCUGAUACAAACCCAGAUUUAAAUACCUUAACUGCUGGACAAGUAUUAAGUGCAGGGCCUGAUGGCAGGAUCUUAGUGAUGUGGGUUAAUGGUGAAAAAACCGAAUGUUGGCCACAUGAAUUAUUUGUUGUCAAACCAAACAGUGAUGGCUUCAGUUUUCAAGAUGAAGAAUAUGACUUAUCUGAAGAUUGGAUGUCUGAAUGUGUUUUUAUUACAUCGGAUACAGAACCAGUAUACGAAGUAACCAAACCAAAAUAUACCCAAAGUAUAACCAAACCUGAAGAAGCUGGAGUUUUUGAUGUGGUAGAAACACUUAUGGAUAAUUCACACAAAUACAUCAAUUAUAACGAUAAUUUAAAUCCAUCGUUACCAAAAGUUAUUGCUAAAGACAUCCAUAUACUUCAAAAAAGUUUACCCACUGGAAUUUGGGUGAAAACUUUUGAAAAUCGUCUGGAUUUGUUUUCUAUAAUGAUUAGAGGACCAGAAAAAACUCCAUAUGCUGGUGGUUUGUUUCUAUUUGAUGUCAAAAUUCUACCCACAUAUCCAAGCCAACCUCCACUCUUUCAUUAUUAUAGUUAUUGUAACGACCGGUUGAAUCCAAAUCUACACGAAGAUGGAAGAGUAUGCCUUAGUCUUUUGGAUACUUGGUCUGGUCAUGGUUUUGAAUUAUGGUCACCUUAUGAUUCAAAUUUAUUGCAGCUACUAUUAUCAAUACAAGGAGUGAUAUUGGUGAGUGAACCAUAUUAUAAUGAACCUGGAUUUGAUUCCCAGCGAGGUCAAAAGCUUGCAAAAGAAAACUCUCGGGUUUACAACGAAAUGGUUCUGAUCAAAGUAGUGCAGUCAAUGACAAAUAUGUUAAACAUGAAUAAUUCAGACGUUAAAAAUGCAGGGUAUUUUGAAGAAGAAAUACUGGAACACUUAAAAACACAUGGUCCAAAGUUAAUCAGUGCAAUUGAAAAUUGGAUUCAAAUGUCUGAAAAAGAAUUAACUGAAGAUGAAAAACUUGUUCCGGGAUAUCCAUUAUUACCACUUUCCAAGGGUUUUUGCCUAUCAAUAAUCAAAGCACUAAAAGAUUUCAAAGAAAUAUUGAUUACCAUGAAUAUUGUAAAUAAUGUGUAA